AGUUUUCACUCUCUCCUGUUUUGGGACCGAGAGUUUGUAGCUCCGUAAUCGGAUUGUUUGUCGAGGGUAUAUGCUCGCCUAUAUAUAUACCUCCACUCGAAAGUGUUAGCAUCAAAAUUACAUUGUUAAGAUUAGUAGAAGGAAAGAUUUUUGUGCGCACCUUAAUCAUAAAGCCGUGUAAUUUAAUUAACUGAAGGAAUUAACUAAGAUAUGCGAUUGUGAUAGAAUGAGUCCAAGAUCCCCGCUCAGGACAUCUCCAUUUGGAGUACACAUUCUCAUCGCUGCUGUGCUCUUUACGCUAAUUCAAUCAUCGAAACAGGACUGCGUUUGGUAUGGCGUGUGCAACACCAAUGAGAAUUCGCACAGCCAAAACUGUCCGUACAAUGGAACAGCGAAGGAAAUGGCCGCUGACGGACUGGAGCUGCUGAAGAAACGCUGUGGAUUUCUGCUGGAGAACAGCGAAAACAAAUUUUGCUGCGACAAGAAUCAGGUGGAGCUUCUCAAUAAGAAUGUGGAGCUGGCCGGAAAUAUCUUGGAUCGAUGCCCAUCCUGCAUGGAGAACUUGAUGCGGCACAUCUGCCAAUUCACCUGCUCACCAAAGCAGGCUGAGUUCAUGCAUGUGGUGGCCACGCAGAAAAAUAAGAAAGGUGAUGAGUACAUAAGUUCUGUUGACUUGCAUAUAUCAACGGAAUACAUCAACAAGACUUACAAAUCGUGCUCUCAGGUUUCUGUACCGCAAACGGGUCAAUUAGCUUUUGAUUUAAUGUGCGGCGCUUACUCAGCAUCUCGCUGCAAUCCUACAAAAUGGUUCAACUUUAUGGGCGAUGCCACCAAUCCAUAUGUUCCUUUUCAAAUUACCUAUAUUCAGCAUGAGCCCAAAUCAAAUAGCAAUAACUUUACGCCCCUCAACGUAACGACCGUUCCUUGCAACCAAGCAGUUAGCAGCAAACUACCUGCGUGCUCCUGCUCGGACUGCGACCUGUCCUGUCCCCAGGGACCGCCGGAACCGCCCCGUCCAGAGCCCUUCAAAAUUGUUGGACUCGACGCCUAUUUCGUCAUCAUGGCCUCUGUCUUCUUGGUGGGAGUCUUAGUAUUCCUAAUGGGAUCGUUUCUGUUUACACAAGGUUCGUCCAUGGAUGACAACUUUCCAGUGGAUGGCAAUGAUGUUUCCGAUGAAAUGCCAUACAGCGAGAACGAUUCGUACUUUGAAAAACUUGGCGCCCACACCGAAACCUUCCUGGAAACAUUCUUCACCAAAUGGGGCACGUACUUUGCCAGCAAUCCUGGCUUGACUUUAAUUGCCGGAGCAUCCCUGGUUGUUAUACUGGGUUAUGGCAUCAACUUUAUAGAAAUCACAACGGAUCCGGUUAAACUUUGGGCUUCGCCGAACUCAAAAUCCAGACUGGAGAGAGAGUUUUUCGAUACGAAGUUUUCGCCAUUCUAUAGGCUGGAACAGAUAAUCAUCAAAGCUGUGAACUUGCCACAGAUUGUGCACAACACCUCGAACGGCCCCUACACCUUUGGUCCCGUCUUCGACAGAGAUUUUCUCAGCAAAGUAUUGGAUCUGCAGGAGGGCAUCAAGGAAAUUAACGCAAAUGGCACACAGCUGAAAGAUAUAUGCUAUGCGCCUUUGUCGUAUGAUGGCAGUAAAAUCGAUGUUUCCAAGUGCGUUGUCCAAUCGAUCUGGGGAUACUUUGGCGAUGAUCGAGAAAGAUUGGAUUACCACGACGAUGACAAUGGAUUCAAUGUUACCUAUUUGGAUGCCUUAUACGAUUGCAUUAGCAAUCCCUAUUUAUGCCUAGCUCCCUAUGGCGGUCCCGUAGAUCCAGCCAUAGCACUUGGAGGAUUCCUGCCACCUGGAGACCAACUGACUGGCAGCACGAAAUUCGAGUUGGCCAAUGCGAUCAUUCUGACAUUCCUGGUCAAGAAUCAUCACAACAAAACCGAUUUGGAAAAUGCCUUAACGUGGGAGAAGAAGUUCGUGGAGUUUAUGUCCAACUAUACGAAGAACAACAUGUCGCAGCACAUGGACAUAGCCUUCACGUCGGAGAGAUCGAUAGAAGACGAGCUCAACAGGGAGUCCCAGUCGGAUGUGCUGACCAUUUUGGUGUCCUACCUAAUCAUGUUCAUGUACAUUGCGAUUUCGCUGGGCCAUGUGAAGGAGUUCAAGCGAGUGUUUAUCGACAGCAAGAUAACGCUUGGCAUAGGCGGUGUCAUCAUCGUUUUGGCCUCGGUAGUGUCCUCCGUUGGCGUUUUCGGCUACAUCGGUUUGCCGGCCACCCUGAUCAUUGUCGAGGUUAUACCCUUUUUAGUAUUAGCUGUCGGAGUGGAUAACAUUUUUAUCCUCGUUCAAACGCAUCAGCGCGAUCAACGCAAACCCAAUGAAACGCUUGAGCAGCAAGUUGGUCGAAUACUCGGCAAGGUUGGACCCAGUAUGCUGCUCACUUCGUUGAGUGAAAGCUUUUGCUUCUUUCUCGGUGGCCUUUCUGAUAUGCCGGCCGUAAGGGCUUUUGCCCUAUACGCUGGCGUAGCCCUAAUCAUUGACUUUCUAUUGCAAAUAACCUGUUUCGUUAGCUUAUUUACGUUGGAUACGAAGCGCCGGGAGGAGAAUCGAAUGGACAUUUGUUGUUUCAUCAAGGGCAAGAAGCCGGAUAGUAUAACUAGUAAUGAGGGACUCUUGUACAAAUUUUUCAGUAGUGUUUACGUCCCAUUCCUGAUGAAGAAAAUUGUGCGCGCCAGUGUGAUGGUGAUCUUUUUUGCCUGGCUGUGCUUCAGCAUUGCCAUUGCGCCAAGAAUCGACAUUGGGCUGGACCAAGAGUUGGCUAUGCCGCAGGAUAGUUUCGUCUUGCACUAUUUCCAAUCGUUGAACGAGAAUCUAAACAUUGGUCCACCAGUGUACUUUGUGCUGAAGGGCGAUCUAGCCUAUACGAAUAGUUCGGAUCAGAAUUUGGUGUGUGCAGGUCAAUAUUGCAACGAUGAUAGCGUACUCACGCAGAUCUACUUAGCCAGUAGGCACUCUAAUCAAACGUAUAUCGCGCGUCCAGCAUCCAGUUGGAUCGAUGACUACUUCGAUUGGGCGGCAGCAGCAUCAUCCUGUUGCAGAUAUAGAAAGGAUACCGGCGACUUUUGUCCACAUCAGGAUACUUCCUGUUUGAGGUGUAAUAUCACUAAGAAUUCGCUACUUAGGCCGGAGGAAAAGGAGUUCGUUAAGUAUUUGCCAUUUUUCCUCAAGGACAAUCCCGAUGACACGUGCGCCAAGGCCGGUCAUGCCGCCUAUGGCGGAGCUGUUCGGUAUUCCAACAGCCAUGAAAGACUGAACAUUGAGACGUCGUAUUUUAUGGCCUACCACACCAUACUGAAGUCCUCGGCCGACUAUUUUCUAGCCCUAGAGUCGGCUAGAAAGAUAUCCGCGAAUAUCACGCAAAUGUUGCAGGGCAGACUUAUGUCCAAUGGAGUUCCUAUGGCAUCGGCCCUCACGGUCGAAGUUUUUCCCUAUUCAGUAUUCUAUGUGUUUUACGAACAAUAUCUGACCAUGUGGUCAGAUACGCUGCAGAGCAUGGGUAUUUCAGUUCUUUCCAUAUUCGUUGUUACAUUUGUUUUGAUGGGCUUCGACGUACAUUCCGCAUUAGUUGUUGUCAUCACGAUAACUAUGAUUGUUGUUAAUUUAGGUGGCCUUAUGUAUUAUUGGAACAUUUCGUUGAAUGCUGUUUCGUUGGUUAAUCUCGUUAUGGCCGUCGGCAUAUCCGUGGAAUUCUGUUCGCACUUGGUGCACAGCUUCGCCACAUCGAAAUCAGUGAGUCAAAUUGAUCGGGCUGCAGAUAGCCUUUCCAAAAUGGGCAGCUCCAUAUUCUCGGGUAUCACUUUGACCAAAUUUGCUGGCAUACUAGUGUUAGCCUUUGCCAAAAGUCAGAUAUUCCAGGUGUUUUAUUUCCGCAUGUACUUGGGAAUCGUAGUAAUUGGGGCGGCGCACGGGUUGAUCUUUCUGCCCGUUCUAUUAAGUUAUAUUGGGGCUCCUUUAAGUAAUGCUAGAUUAAGGUAUCAUAGCCAGGCGACUGCUGAGCCCGAGACAGCUCUAGCGGGAAUACUAUAAAUCAAUCCCAUAGUUGUAUUGUAAUCAUCUCAAAAAAUAUUUUAAAUGUUAACUGGUUAAGGUAAUAAAUAAUAACAAAUGAAA